AUGCUGAAGCCAGCAGUGUUAUUGUUGCUCGUGGUGGCCGCUGCCUGCAGCGCUGCGCCCCCAGCGAGGGCUCGCAGGUUCAGGACUCCCCACCAGGGCCGCAUCGUGGGCGGCGGCCCGGUGGACAUCUCGCAGUUCCCGUGGCAGAUCUCGCUGGAGUACAGGAACGAGCAUUACUGUGGCGGCUCCAUAAUCAGCUCCGAGUGGGUGCUGACUGCGGCACACUGUGGCGACCAUAAUGCGCAGUAUUACGUACUGAGGGCGGGCACUUCCUUACGUGAGUCGGGAGGCACCGUUUACGACGUCACUACUGUGAUCGUACACGACAGAUUCAGUUGGUCAACAGGAGAUUACGAUAUCGGAGUGCUAGCCAUCGACGGAUCCUUCACGUUUGGUGACAAUGUUCAGGCGAUCACUCUUGGGACGACGGAACCCGACGUUGGCACGUCGGUAAACAUCAGCGGCUGGGGGGACCUGCAGUACGCAGGGUCGCCGCCGGUACUACUGCACGCCGUCACCACAGUGCUCAUUGACAGGGCCACGUGUGACGAGACGUGGGGUGACAUCACGUAUAACGAGCUGUGCACCGGAGGAGAACACAAGGGCGCUUGCAACGGGGACAGCGGCGGAGCCCUGGUGGUGGGCUCCACGCAAUACGGUAUCUUCUCGCGAACGAGCUGCUCUCGGAGUGGAACUCCUGAUGUGUACACCAGCGUUCCAGCCCUGCGAUCCUGGAUCACUGAAAACACCGGCAUCUGA